UGGCCUCCCGUGCGCGGCAUAUUCCAUGCAGCAGGAGUGACUGACGACAAGGCCCUCGCAGAGCAAGACAAGGCAUCAAUUGAGAAGGUUUAUGGCGCGAAGGUGGUGGGUGCUUGGAAUUUGCAUGAGGUGUGCGAUGAGUUGGACUUGAACAAGGACCUCGAAAUUUUCUUGAUGUUCUCUUCAGUUGCUGCUCUUCUGGGUAACUUUGGUCAGGCGAACUAUGCAGCGGCCAACGCCUGCCUGGAUUCACUUGCUGCGUGGCGGCGGUCUAUAGGUUUGUGCGCUCAAAGUAUCCAGUGGGGUCCGUGGGUUGAGCAGGGAAUGGCAGCUGGGUUGAGGCAGGAGGUAGAAAAGCUUGGGCUACGCGGAAUCACUAACGAGAUCGGCGUUCGUGUCCUUGUGGAUUGCUUACGUGGAGGUGACAUGCCAGUGCCGGUGCUCUGCCAGGCCUUUAGAUGGAAGAAGUACAGUGAGCAGUUUGAUACAAUGCCACGCUUCUUCGAAUAUGUAGAGCUAGAUGUGACGACGCCAGCAGCUCUGCGUCAACUAUACAGUUCAAUGACCCCGGAGCAGCUCAGGGAGCAUGUUACCAAGGUGGUUAUUGACACGGCUAGGCAGGUCCUCGGUGCAGCAGAAGUUCCUCCGCUCGAUUCUCCUUUGCAGGAGUUGGGCAUCGACUCCCUGGGUGCAGUGGAGCUGCGCAACGGACUUGCGCAAAGACUUGGAGUCAAGCUGUCGGCAACGACCCUCUUCGACUACCCAACUAUAGGGGCAAUAAUAAACUACAUUCAAAACCAAAUAUCUGGAAGUGUUUCUGUAGGUACACCAGAUGUCCCGACAUCCGCAAUGUCUGCGAUGGGUCAAAUGCAAGGUCUCGCCGUCAUUGGGGCGUCAUGCAGGCUUCCAGGGAACAGCGAUAAUCCCGCGCUAUUGUGGGAGAUGCUGCUUAGGGGAAAGGACUGCGUCUCGGAGAUUCCACUGACUCGCUUUGAUGUAGAUCUAUUCUAUGACGCGGAAUUAGACGCAAAGGGAAAGAUGUACGUCCGUAAGGCAGCAUUCAUGGAGAAUGCCGAAAUGUUUGAUAACGCAUUUUUCAACCUUUCCGCAGCGGAGGUAAAUUACAUGGAUCCCCAACAGCGAAUGGCACUGGAAGUGGCGUACGAUGCCUUUUAUUCAGCAGGUUAUUCUCGCGAAACAUUGUUGGGAAAGUCAUUCGGCGUAUGGAUUGGCUGUUGCAACUCGGAUUGGCACUUUCUGGAGCAGCAGUCGGACCCUUAUAAAAGCAGUAGUUAUUCAGGCCCUGGUGGCUCUGGCUGUCUGGUUUCGAACCGAGUUUCUUACGUGUUCGGGAUCAACGGACCCAGCAUGACCAUUGACACUGCAUGCUCUUCUUCACUGGUGGCAAUGGAUUCCGCGUUUCAAGGAAUCCGCCUUGGCUACUGCUCUGGGGCAUUGGUGGCUGGAAUCAACUUGAUGUUGUCCCCACAGCUAUUCCUCGCAUUUUGUAAGGCACGCAUGCUCUCACCAGAAUGCCGCUGCGCUACAUUUGAUGCAGCAGCUAAUGGCUACGUGCGUGGAGAGGGAGCAGGAGCAGUGGUUCUUAGACCACUGCACGACGCCGAGUCUCAGGGACAAAAGAUAUUAGCUGUGUUGAGAGGAACAGCUGUCAGUCACAAUGGCCGGAGCGCUAGUCUAACGGCUCCAUAUGGCCCUAUGCAGCAGGAAUGCAUGAAACUUGCCCUCCGACACGCCAAUGCGAACCCAAAAGAUGUUCGGUUUAUCGAGUCCCACGGUACAGGCACUUCGCUUGGAGACCCAAUUGAAAUGGGAGCUAUCCGUGCUGUCUACGGUGUAAAUCGAAAUGACAGCAAUCCCCUGAUAGUUGGUGCCCUUAAGUCCUAUAUCGGUCACUUGGAAGGCGGCGCUGGAAUCGCAAAUGUCCUGAAGGUCCUGGCUUGCCUUGCGCACCGUGCGGUACCUCCCAACCUGCAUUACACGACUCCUAAUCCCUUCAUGGAUAUCGAAGGAUUUCCGCUAGUGUUGCCAAAUUCCGUCAUUCCACUGGAGCCUGCAGUAAACAAAGCAAAAGUGCUUGCAGGGACUAGCUCCUUCGGGUUUGGAGGAGCGAAUGCCCACGUCGUACUAGAAGAGUAUAUUGGAAAAGUGGGAAAGGCAGCCGUCACCCAGGGCGUGGGGAAGCGAAAGGUUGCAUUUUUCUUCACAGGACAAGGUAGUCAGUAUGAGAACAUGGGAAAGGAACUGUAUGAGAAUGAACCCGUCUAUCGGGAGGCGCUGGAUGAAUGCAGCCAGAUUCUGAAGCGAAAGCUCCCAGUGCCUUUGGUGGAGGCUAUCUACCCAACCAAGGAAACUCCACAGGGCUCAGCACUUUUACAGCAAGCCAUUUACGCUCAAACUGCAAUCUUUGCAGUGGAAUAUUCUCUUCUCUGUCUUGCAAGGAGCAAGGGUCUCGAGCCUGAUCUUGUCUUGGGCCACAGCAUCGGAGAAUAUGCUGCAGCGGUUGCAGCAGACAUUAUGAGUUUGGAAGAUGCCCUUAACCUCAUAGUCGAGAGAGGACGCAUAAUGCAGGAAAUUGAUCCCCGCGAUGGCGUUAUGGUUGCGUGCCGCUGCACGCAAGAGGAUGCACAGAAGGCGAUAGAAGAACUUGGCGAGUCAGCAAAGACGGCCGAAGUAUCAGUCAUCAAUGGGACCAGGAGCAUUGUGCUGGCGGGUGAGGAGUCACAUGUCAUGAAGGUCAUUGACAAGCUAGGCCUGGGGGAACGGUACAAGAAGCUCAACACUACACACGCCUUCCACAGCAGCUUGGUUGCUGACGCAGUUAAGCCAUUCAGCGAAGCGCUUGCCGGCGUCAAGCUUAGACGGCCAGCAGUUGUAUUUGUUUCGACAGCAUUGGGCGCUAGGGCAACUGAUGAAGUGUGCACCAUUGACUAUUGGGCUCUCCAAAUUACGCGUCCCGUGAAGUACAUGCAAGGUGUCCGGGAAGUAGUUGAAUCUGAGAUCUCAAUAAUUGUAGAGGUUGGUCCGAUGCCAACUCUCAUUACAAUGGCUCAGCAAUCCUUGAAGGCGUCUGAAGUUCUCUGUGUUUCGCUUCUUGAUCCAAAGACUCCAGACAUGGAACAAGUUUCCAACAGCGUUAAUGCACUCUUAUCCAAGGAAGAACGGCACCAUGAAUGGAAACGGCAAGCAUUCCCAUGGUUCAAGCUCUCGACACCGCUGGUCGAAAGCGUGCAAAGCGAAAGUACCACUCAGGCCACCGCAACUACUGUCUUGGAUGCCCAUGUGCUAGAUCUCUUGCGAGAUCACGUCGUCAGCCAGACUCCCAUUAUGCCUGGUGCGGGCUUUUUGGAGAUCAUGAGCAGCGCAGCAUUUAUGCAUUUUGACGGUAAGAUUCCAAGCACUGCAACAGUGCUAACCGACGUGGAAUUCGAUCGUCCGAUGAUGCUGGUCGAUCCCGAACGUACACAAAAAGGACAUGACCCAAGCGUGGCGGUAAUUGCCGUCGUCAACAAGGAUGAAGUCCAGGUAAAAAGCCAGCUUGAGGAAGAGGAUGAAAUGUACGUUCACUGCCGGGCUUCUGCUACGCUUGCUCCCGCUGACACAGUCUUCGACUUAUCUGAAGGGUGGGGAUUCUUGGAGGGAGCUAAGAAGCGCAUGCCGCAGGCUGUUCCUCCUGAAGAAAUCUACAGUGCUAUGGCGUUGUCCGGACUCCAAUAUAAAAAAAGGUUCCAGACUAUCCGGGAGGCUUAUAGAAGUGAAAAUGAGGCGCUUUGCAGGCUACAAGUUCAGCAACCAUCUCUGCCGUUCGAAAGGACUUUCCGUUUCCAUCCAGCCCUGUUGGAUGGUGCCAUCCAAUCUGCUUCACUACUGCUAGGUGACGUGCAACCAACCCGUCCUAUGGUGCCUGUAGGCAUCCGCAAGGCGGCAAUGGCCAGAAUGCCACCAGAUGUUGUGGUGUGGAGCCACGCUGUUCUAAAGAAGAAGGAUUCUAGCACGGCUGUUCUUGACCUAACUAUAUUUGGAGGUAAGGGACGACCGUAUGCAGUGCUAGAUGAUCUGACGCUACGCGUUGUGGACAUGUCGCAGCGCGCCUCCAUCCCAAGGAAUUUCCUGUGGGAAGUCCAGUGGCGUCCACGCUUCCCUGACGCAGAAAUAAAGGCUGCUGCAUCCACCAGAGAUAGCGCCGAGAGCUCUCCAGGACACAAUGGCGGCCAGCAAGAUGACAUCGAGACCCGCACCACAUCGCCGCAGUCUGACUCUCACCCUAGGAAAGCUGCUCCUAUUUUACUGCUCAACUGCCCUGAAGACUUUGUGGAAGGUAUAAAGGGGUGCACCAGUUCAGUACCUUUCCAAAUGGCCUCAGUAGAGGCAUUGCAAGGUACCUUAGACCAAACGGGAACUGACGGAAAAGUUUUCACUGGAGUUGUCUAUUUGGGUGCUCUGGAUAAACAGCGCUCGGAGGUGGACUGCAUCGACGAUUGUCUGACGAUCUCUAAGGCUUUGGCGCAAGCUCCAGUUCAUGUUGAGAUCCCUCCUACCUUUAUCCUUACCACAGGACAUGUUCAAGCCACGGAAGACGACACUGUCACAAAUCCAAUUCAUGGUGGUGUCUGGGGAUUCUGCCGAUCUGCCCGACUUGAAGUGGAGAAUAUAAUAGGACGACCGGUACAGCUUGGAUGCCUAGACGUACCUGCAGAAGCAGCAAAGGAACCGUCAGUAAUUGCCGGUAUUAUUGCUCAGGCUAUGCCUGAUGAUGAAUCUCCUGCUGAAGUCGAGAUUUGCUUCCGCAACGACGUACAGUAUGUCCCGCGCUUGACGAGAUCUCACGUCGAGUGCCGUGGUCCAGUCGAGUUAUUUAUGGGUAACCGCGGAGCCCUGAGCAUGCUGAAGUUACGCCCCCUGCCUGCUGCAGCAAGGGUCGAUCCGCCUGAAGGUUGUGUUGAAGUUCGAAUUCGCGCUGUUGGCUUGAACUUCCGGGAUGUGCUCAAUGUUAUGGGGUUGUAUCCAGGGGAUCCGGGUUUGCCUGGAGCAGACUGUGCAGGCACUGUGGUGCGCGUUGGGCCUGGGGUAACCAGAUUUACAAUAGGUGAUUGUGUAUAUGGGAUUGUUCCUGGUUGUUUAAGAAGUUUUGCCAUAACGUCUGCGGAGCUUCUACGGUUGAUGCCUGCUGAUUUCUCAUUUGAAGAAGCAGCCGCUCUUCCCGUUGUUGCGUCUACUGUUGAAUACUCCUUGGGCGAUCUAGCAAAAGUGAAAGCAGGUGAAAAAGUGCUGAUACAUGCGGUCACUGGGGGUGUAGGCAUAACUGCGGUUCAACACUGCCAGCGCGUAGGGGCCAUUGUUUACGGAACAUGCAGUGGUGGCCGCAAGGCUGAGUACGCCAAGUCUUUGGGAGUUGAAUACAUAAGCACCAGUCGAGACGCAUCAGUAUUUGCAAAGGAUAUGCGCGAAUUCCUAGGACCUGAUGGACACGUAGAUGUAGUGCUGAACACUCUCGUAGAAGAUUACAUCCCGGAGUCCCUGAAGCUCCUAGGACCAAAUGGGCGCUUCAUGGAGUUGGGCAAAAGGGGCAUUUGGACGCAUGAGCAGAUGAAGGAAGCUCGCCCAGAUGUGUAUUAUGAGACUAUCGCUGUGGACACCAUGAUGGAGGAGGAUCCUGCAUGGUUUGGUGGCAUGCUUGAUAGAAUCAGGGAGCGGGUGGAGAGCGGAGAGAUAUAG